UUCUCUACACCCAGUAUUUGAAAGUUUCUAGUGUCCCUACUUUUGACUACAUGCCGACCUUGUUCAGCUUGUUCGCCCGAGUGCUGGCGCAAACCUGCAGGGUUGGUGGCGAUGCUGUCGGGCACCCAGGCAGUGGCAGCGGAAUGCGCGGACGCGGAGCUGCGGUGCCGUGUUGCUGUGGAGGAGUUGAGCCCGGGCGGGCAGCCGCGAAGGCGCCAGGCCCUACGCACCGCGGAGCUGAGACUGGGUCGUAACGAGCGCCGCGAGUUGAUGCUGAGGCUGCAGGCGCCCGGGCCCGCGGGGCGGCCGCGGUGCUUUCCCCUGCGCGCCGCGCGCCUCUUCACGCGCUUCGCCGCGUCCGGGCGCAGCACUCUGCGGCUUCCCGCCGACGGCGCUCCCCGGACCGGCGCGGUGCAGCUGCUGCUCUCCGACUGCCCCCCUGACCGCCUGCGCCGCUUCCUGCGCACUCUGCGCCUCAAGCUGGCCGCGGCCCCGGGUCCCGGGCCGGCCUCCGCCCGCACGCAGCUGCUUGGCCCGCGGCCCCGCGACUUCGUCACCAUCAGCCCGGUGCAGCCCGAGGAGCUGCGGCGCGCGGCGGCCACCUGGGUCACGGACUCCACGCCGGUGAAGCAGCCCACGGAGCCCCGGUCCGGGGCCAAGCCCAGCACCGAAGUCCCAAGGUGGCCCCUGCCUGUGAAGAAGCUGAGCUUGCCCCCCACCAAACCAGAGCUUUCCAGGGAACAGGCUGCUGUGCUGAGGGUUGUCCUGAAAGGCCAGAGCAUUUUCUUCACUGGGAGUGCAGGUAGUGGGGGGCAGAGUGGGUGUGGGGAGAACAGUGGUGUGCUAGGAUGGAGGAGAAGUGGCCCUGACUUUGCCUUCUGCCCAGGGACGGGGAAGUCUUAUCUGCUGAAGCGUAUCCUGGGCUCACUGCCUCCCACAGGCACUGUGGCCACUGCCAGCACUGGGGUGGCAGCCUGCCACAUCGGGGGUACUACCCUCCAUGCCUUUGCAGGCAUUGGCUCGGGUCAGGCUCCCCUGGCCCAGUGUGUGGCCCUGGCCCAGCGGCCAGGUGUACGGCAGGGCUGGCUGAACUGCCAGCGGCUAGUCAUUGAUGAGAUCUCCAUGGUGGAAGCGGACCUAUUUGAUAAGCUGGAGGCCGUGGCCAGAGCUGUCCGGCAGCAGAACAAGCCAUUUGGAGGGAUCCAGCUCAUCAUCUGUGGGGACUUCCUGCAGCUGCCGCCUGUAACCAAGGGAUCCCAGCCCCCACAGUUCUGCUUCCAGGCCAAGAGCUGGAGGAGAUGUGUCACAGUGACCCUGGAGCUGACUGAGGUGUGGAGGCAGACAGACAAGACCUUCAUCUCUCUGCUGCAAGCUGUGCGGCUGGGCAGGUGCUCAGAUGAGGUCACCCGCCAGCUCCGGGCCACGGCUGCCCACAGGGUGGGGCGAGAUGGGAUUGUGGCCACGAGGCUCUGCACCCACCAGGAUGAUGUGGCCCUUACCAACGAGAGGCAGCUGCAGAAACUACCAGGUGAGGUACACAGCUUUGAGGCCAUGGACAGUGACCCUGAGCAAGCCCGGACCCUGGAUGCCCAAUGUCCCGUUAGCCAGCUCCUUCAGCUAAAGCUGGGGGCUCAGGUGAUGCUGGUGAAGAACUUGGCAGUGUCUCGGGGCCUGGUAAAUGGUGCCCGAGGGGUAGUAGUUGGGUUUGAAGCCGAGGGGAGAGGGCUGCCCCAGGUGCGGUUCCUGUGUGGAGUCACCGAGGUCAUCCGUGCAGACCGCUGGGUGGUGCAGGCCACUGGGGGCCGGCUUCUCAGCCGGCAGCAGCUGCCCCUCCAGCUGGCCUGGGCCAUAUCCAUCCACAAGAGCCAGGGCAUGUCCUUGGAUUGCGUGGAGAUCUCUCUGGGCCGUGUGUUUGCCAGCGGCCAGGCCUAUGUGGCCCUUUCCCGGGCCCGCAGCCUGCAGGGCCUAUGUGUGUUGGACUUUGACCCCAUGGUGAUUCGCUGUGACCCCCGUGUGCUGAGCUUCUAUGCUACCCUGCGGCAGGACAGGGGCCUCAGCCUGGAGUCCCCAGAUGAUGAUGAGGCAGCCUCAGACCAGGAGAACGUGGACCCGAACCUUUGAUCUGCAAAGAGAAGACAAAGGGUGGUCUCCCCCUCUUCCUGCUCCCUGGUGGGCCAGGCCCCAGGGGAUACCUGGGGGAGGGUAGUGAAUGUCCCUUUCUCCCUUCAUCAGGGGCUCUCAGUCUCCUGGCAGGGCUCAGGAGAGAGUGCUUCCCAUCCAUUUGCCAGCUGUGCCUCAGUUUUUCCCCUUGCCCGGGGUGAGCUGCUUCCGGGGUCAGGAGUCGGCAAUGGGCCUGCAGCGGUAGCUGGUGUUAUAGGACAGAGCUCUCUGCGAGGGGCUGGCCACAGGGCCACACAGUUGUGAAUGCCGCUCUCUUUAGGCUGCAGAGAGGAGAGGUGGCAGGUCCUUCAGGAGCAGGAACAGGCUGUAGGGGUCCUGGCAGGGGACUCAGGUCCCAAGCAGAGAAGGGAACCUUGCUGGGGGGGGGGGGAUCUUCACAGCUAGACCCAGCCCAGCACAAGCCAGGGCAAACACCCUCCUGAGCCUAACCUGAGAAUAUGCACUGCAAACUGUGUGUCUGUAUCUUACGCUGCUCUUUUGGUGAAGAAGUCGUGUGUAGGAGUAUUGAAAUGGAUGUUCUCAGACUGUAUUUAUUUUGGACAAAUAAACCUGUGAA